AUGCCUCCCGCUGCUGCCGCUGCCGCUCCAGCCAAGAGAACAAAUAAGACAAUGGACGAUCAAAUUGUCUCCGCCUUGGUGGCACUCAAUAAAGCCAUCGAGAUGUUGGGAAAUGAUGGUGCAAGCCACGAACAACGGAAGCAGGCAGCUGAUGGUCUUGUAGAUGUGAAGACUUUUCUGUUGCAACGCCCCACUACUGUAACUCAAAAUAAUGCUAACACUUCUCGAGUGUCUCGCAUGAAUUAUGCGUUGAAGAGAACGGCAACCUUACAGAAGAACACAACGGUGCAAUGUACCGGUAACCGCCAACAAGCCGAUCCUCUGGAAGAAACUGAAGCCGUGGACGAAAACAGUGCCAGUGCCAACCAAACACCAGCAAAAACUACUCCUACAAAACCACUUCCAACCACAAAACAGAAACAUGAAGCCCCUAUUGCAAUGCCAUUACCGGAGCCAGCCAAUGGAACGCAAUACACACGAGUGGAAUUUUUAAGGAUCAUCACUGCCUACCCCACCACUGGAAAAAUCAAACGAUCCAUGGCAAUGCAGGAAGCUAUCAACAAAAAGUACGUCCCUUUGUCAGCCUCUGGUCUCUACAGAACUCUCAAAAAACUAGAGCAGCACAUUGAAAAUGGUGGCUCUUUGGAAGACUUCCCGGAUGGACCAUGGAAUAUUGCCACGAGAGCAAUCCCAAUGCUACAAAUGGAACUAGCGGCAGUUCCAGAUGGAUUGCCAGGAAAGUUUUCUCCCUCAAAACCUCCCACCAAAAAGCGGAAACUAGAUGUCCCUUCUGUUACAUUGCCAAAACCUGCCAAUGGAACACAAUACACCCGUGUGGAAUUCUUAAGGAUCAUCACUGCCUACCCCACCACUGGAAAAAUCAAACGAUCCAUGGCAAUGCAAGAAGCCAUGGACAAAAAGUAUGUCCCUUGUUCAGCCUCGGCUCUCUACAACAGUCUCAAAAACCUAGAGCAUCACAUUGAAAAGGGUGGUUCUUUGGACGACUUCCCAGAUGAACCAUGGAAAAUUGUGAAGGUAGCAAUCCCAAUGCAACAAAACGAACCAGCCGUAGUUGCAAAACCACCUCCCACCAACAAGCGGAAACCAGAUGUCCCUCCUAUUACAUUGCCAAAGCCGGCCAAUGGAACGCAAUACACACGAGUGGAAUUCUUAAGGAUCAUCACUCCCUACCCCACCACUGGAAAAAUCAAACGAUCCAUGGCAAUGCAGGAAGUCCUGGACAAAAAGUAUGUCCCUUGUUCAGCCUCUGUUCUCUACAAGCUUCUCAAAAACCUAGAGCAACACGUUGAAAAGGGUGGCUCUUUGGACGACUUCCCAGAUGAACCAUGGAAAGUUCUUCCAUCAAAACCACCUCCUACCAAAAAGCAGAAAGCAGAUGUCCCUUCUAUUGCAUUGCCGAAGCCUGCCAAUGGAACAAUAUACACCAAGGUGGAAUUCCUAAGGAUCAUCACUCCCUACCCCACCACUGGAAAACUCAAACGCUCCAUGGCAAUGCAGGAAGUCCUGGACAAAAAGUAUGUCCCUUGUUCAGCCUCUGGUCUCUACAAGCUUCUCAAAAACCUAGAGCAACACGUUGAAAAAGGUGGCUCUUUGGAAGACUUCCCGGAUGAACCAUGGAAAACUCUUCCCCCAAGAGCACCUCCCACCAAAAAACAGAAACCUGAUGUCCCUUCUAUUACAUUGCCAAAGCCUGCCAAUGGAACACAAUACACCCGUGUGGAAUUCUUAAAGAUCAUUACUCCCUACCCUACCACUGGAAAACUCAAACGCUCCGUGGCGAUGCAGGAAGCCAUCAAUAAAAAGUAUGUCCCUUUGACAGCCUCUGGUCUCUACCUGAUUCUCAAAAAACUUGGGCAGCACAUUGAAAAGGGUGGCUCUUUGGAUGACUUUCCUGACGAACCAUGGUAUAUUCACAAGGGAACAACAACAAAUUAG